AUGGCCUGGCCAGCUGGAAGAGCUCUUCAUGGGCGACUCCCGCAGCUUGGUCAGGUCGGGGAACCGUUAACCAAAUGCUCUGCAGUCCUCAAAGCCCGUGCUUGGAAUCUACCUGCCCGGUGCGGGCAGUCAAGCGGGGCUACGGUCAAAGCUGCCUACGAGAAGGUACAAGCUCCAGAUCUGAAGCGAGAGUACGGGGCCUAUUCCGUGCAGACUGGUGUCCGCGAGUCCCCAACGCCCGGGAGAGAACUUCGGAUGGCCUUUCAAUGGAUGGAUCAGAGCUUGGUAGAACUCUUCCGAACACCCAGCUUAGUCACUCCUGAGAGCUCUGCAGAUGACAUCGAGAUCGGUGAAUGCGCCGGUUCGAUCCUGGAUCAAAGAGACGCGCCCAUGUCCGAUGCUUCGCGUGACUUCUUGUCGCUGGGAGAAGCUUGA